AUGUCGUCCACGACUCUGUCGUUUUGGUUCCAAAAGAUGGGGGCGCCCCGUCCGGAAGAGUGGGCGCGCAAGUUUCAUGAUGCUGGCUAUGGAGACAUGGAGGAAGUAGCAGCCUUGGCAGCUGCUGAUUUGGACAAUGUGUUCAUUGAGCUUGGCGUCCCAUCUGGCAUUCAGAACAAACUUCGGACUGGCAUUCCACAGUUCCGAGAUGGAACCCUUGCUUCCAUGCCGCAGGGUGAUUUGGAUGCAACAGUGGGCGACAAGAUCUUGAGCUACAACAAAGGCAAGCUGCGUGUGAAGACCGUGGUUGAGGUGAAGGAAGGCCAGAGCAACACCAUGCGAGAGCUCUUCUUGCAAACUCCAGAUGGCAAGGACUGGGCAGUGAUCUCCCCAGAUGACGCUCACUUCGAUGCGUCCAAGCCAGUGAAGAAGCUCAGUGUAGGUGACACGCUGGCUUUUCGCAGCGGUGCUGGCGCCAAGCUUUUGAAGAUUGGAGAAGUGUUGCCACGCCAGAAGACUUACAACCUUGCCAUUCAUGGGCCAGGCACCUUUUUCGUAGAGGGUUUUUCUCAUCGAGGUGUGUUGCCAGCCGCUACCCGGGAGGGUGGGCCGAACGUUCAUGGUACUGGAAGUUCUGGAAAUCGAGUGUUCAAUCAAAUGAAUGUAAACCACGAUCAACGUGUGAUUAUUGAUCAGCAACACUUCAUACAGAACAACAAGGUACUUAUUCAGACUCAUGACCCAGCAUACACGGAAAUGCUUGAGCAGACAGCCGAAGCGCGUCAUCGCAUGGCAAUAGCCGAAGCGGAAGCUCAAGCCAAUCACCGUCAUGAAGCAUUGACUGGAAGUCUGAAGGAAGCAUUACAAAUUCGUGAAGCCCAAGAGAUCAAUCAGGCAAGGAUGUUUCUGCGGGAGAAUGAGGAGAAGAACAUCAAAAGUGAGGCCGUUCAGCAUGUCCGCGCCCAUGAGGCUCAGUGUACAGAAAAGGUUCAGGCGUACCAGAGAAUUUUGGACGCCAAUCUCCGUCAGUCAAUGGCCACAAAGGAGAGCGAGAUUGAACGCCUCCGGAACUUGGCCGCUGAAAAGGAGCGAGCACAGGAAGAACGCAUCAAAAGGCUCGAAGAGCUUGUGAUGCAACAGAGUCUUCACAACCAAAAGCUCCAAAGUAUGUUGGACUCCCAGCUGUCGCAGCCACCUCCAGUCCAAGUUGUGGAAACCGCGACUUUGGCGAGGAUGGCAGAACUGUUUGUUAUCUCUGCUCCGAUCCCGGCGUGUACAGUUGAUCCUCCGACUGCAUCCGAGCAUCCGUUCCAUGAUCCGCUCAACGUUGACAUUGCUCCCCCACCAUAUGUUCCUCCGCCAAUGCUUGCCGGUCCAUAUGCCAGCAACACAGAUGGAGAGACUGAGGACAUGGUCACUGGCCGAAUCCCGGUGGGUGGUAUCAACAUAACGUACUGUAAACGGGCGGAGAGUGGAUCUAUCCCAGGCCCUUCACAUGGCGUACCCCUGAACAAUGCCUCGGGAGAUCAUACCCCAAUGUCUGGUCGUACUGUGCCAUAUGGGGGUUCUGGUCGAAAGCCUAGUAAAGGUCCCAAUGAUGGCAAUAACCAAGGGGGUAACGGAAAUGGAGGUCCUGGGGGAGGGGAUGACGGAGAUGAUGGAGGUGAUCAUGAUGGUUCACCCGUCCCGUCGCCAUCACCGGCACCCGAAGUCAAUAAGAAGAAGGACAAGAAGAAGGCGCCAGGCGGUGGCGGGGGAGGAGGAGAUGACGACCCGGACAAGGACUCUGAUGACAGUGAUGAGAAGUUUGUUCGGCGUAUGAAGAAGUUUUUGGGGGGUGGUUUCAACCAAAGUGGCAAUGACGAAAAGCCCAAAGUCAAGGAAGCAGAUACCAUUAAGCUUCCGGCCAUCCCAGGUCGUCUCACUGCUGCACCUGCCAAGAAGGUUGCACGCCGGGAGGCCGUGCCGGUCGCCGAUGUGGAGCCUGACAAAGACCCAGGGGAGUUCAUUAUACACAUCGAAAGGGAUGAUCCUCCUCUGGACGUAGAUGAGUUUGUAGCUGAGAUGGAAGAAUUAGCCUCAGUUGAUCCCCCGAAGGGAACAUCCAGACCAGAUAGUUCUAGACCUGAUGUUGUGCAAGUGGACAUUUCGGGCAAAAAGAAAGAUGAAGGCGAGAAAUCAUCUAGCCCUCCGGAAGGAGAGGCCUUUGUCGUAGCUCAAGUCAAGGGCAUUGCAUCCGAAGAUCAAGACGAUGAUGACGGGGUCGACCGUGACCUCUCCGAUCAAGAUGCAAAGCCUGCGCGGGAGCCAGAGCCGACUGUGAAGCAGAUUGAAGAUGGGGAAAUGUCUUCUUGCAUUUCUGUCGCAUAUGAAGACGGCAUUGCUGGAGUUCAGACGCUCGGCGGGAGCCAGCAGCCGGUGGACAUCAUCAUUGAUACGUGCCUUUGUUCGGACAUCGAGAAGAAUUUCAAGUCCUACAAGGGUAUCCUCAAGCUUUUUGAAACUGUUCCCCAGGCCAUUUUUGGCCACGUGGACUGCCCACCGGAAGGUGAGGUCGAUGUGCUUGUGAUCGGUGAUUCCUCCACUGCCCUGGUUGACUAUCCGGAUGAUCCCAAGAAACGGAAGGUGAUCAGCGUGGGGGAGAUUCUUGCACAAUCGCCACCUACUGGUGCGCGCAAGGUCCACUGGAAGAUGCGAUGGGGGAAGGGACUGGGGUCCAUCAAUGCAGGUAUCUGGGAAGCUAUGGAUGAGAUAGCCGAGAAGUGCAAGGAAGAUGGCAUCCCCCAGAUACCGCAGAAGGCAUCAUUUCUUGAUCCUGACCCUGAAGAGCGCAUGAAGAUCGUCUAUCAAUAUCCCAAUCUUGCGCAGUUCAAGUUCUUGGUCUUGAAAACGGCCCAAGUACGGGAGGCCCAAACUGCAGAUGAGCACAUCAUGGACCACAUGGCCGAGCUGAACGAGGUUGCUGAGGAUGAAGCCACCCGGGAGGGUGCGCCGAAGGCAAACGAUUUCACUGAGGGAGACUUGUCAUCCAUCGUCCCUGUCUUCAAAGACGACGUGGACUCGGACGAAGAAGAAGUUCGCCUGAGACAGCAUCUCCAGGCAGACUUUGAUGAAGCUGCUGACGCAGACUGGUCACCAGUGCGCAGCGAGGCCACUGACAACAUCCCAGGAAUUGACGAAUGGGAGACCGUCGAUGACACCCGUCCCGACAUCGUUCACAAUGUUUAUGACCGAGACGACAAUGUCGAGGGUCACACUGAGGUGGACUAUGGGGCGGACCACGAUGAUGGGAUUGAGGUCGUCGAUGAGUUCCCUGAGGCUGUCAAUAUCCCGGAGGACGCCAUGGACGUGGACAAGGUCGAGACCAAGGAUGAUGACGAGGCUCUGGACGAUGUCAUGGUGAUCGAAGGUCCGGAGACUGUCCAUCCUGACGUCGAGAACAUGCCUGAAGAGUCCAAGGAGCCUGAGACCGCGGAGGCUGCUGCCGGGGGGACCCUGAUCCCAGACAAGAACAUCAAUGCCAACGGCCGUCUCCGUGAAAUCUCAGGCAAGAUGUCCAAGUACCUCCGGGGGCAUGCACUUGCUGAUGGUCUUCCAUCGCCCGACAUGGACUUCACCAACUUGUCGAUGGACUGGGUGGAGCUCCGUCAUUCGAAGCAGCGAUACCAGGAGAUUUCAGCUGCAAGUGUGCAAGCCCGACAACGGAAGGGUUUGCCGUGGAAGCCAUCGCGUGUUCGUGCCUUUCAAGGACACAACGCCUUCGUGCUGAAGCAGGGCAAGUUUGCUCCGAUGAUCCGAGAGCUCUACACUCUGGAUCCGAACUUCACGAAGGAGAUGGUGGACACGGGAGACAUUCCCAGGGUCAAUUUCCGCCCGGACCUUAUCCCCGAGUUCGACAACUUCCCCAGAAUCAUCUAUCACUCGUGUGACAAGGGGGUUGUGUCGCAGAUCAUCCAGCACGGCUUGAUCCCGGGAGGGUGGCCACGGUCUUCGGGACGUGCCCACAGCUACUUCAUUGCCACGCACCCAUGGGAUGCGAACAUGAAGAAGCUCGCGGGGACGAGGGCCGGAAAGCCAUACUAUGUAGCGAUUGACAUAAUGCAGGUGGGGGCCAGACUCCUCAGAACGGACGAAGCAAUCAUGACUCCGGACUGGAUCCCCAACGAGACCAUCAUCUGCGUUUACAAUGCGGCCGAACGGGAGUUCUAUUGGUCGCUUAGAGCAUAUGCUGCCGGACGCAAAAGCUACAACGAAAGGGUCAAGAGAUCGAAGGACCAAGGAGAUGAUGUCGUUCAGGCCAUCACCCAGUCCAAGCGCGGCAGGUGCAUGGACCUGCUCCUCGAGCAGUGGUCGGACUUUUUGACAGGAGAUGACGAACUACUUGUCGACUUCUAUGCGGCAGUCUCCAACUCCGAGUUCAUCGAAGGACGGGGGAAGGGAAAGGGCCAGAAUCGGGGAAAAGGAAAGGGUCGCCACCCGGGAGGGAAGGCCGGUGUCAUCACACAAAUGAAGAUUGAAAAUCUGAGAUACCGAGACUGUGUCACAGCACAAAAGGUGACAAUUCCCUUCAGAAAGUGUGACAAGUGCGACCACAACAUGCUUGAUGGAACAGCAAAGUGUCCGUCCUGCUACGUGUCGAUGGAAGCAUGGAGUGACAAUCGCGUUGCUACAGAAGUUUGCCGGUUGGAAAGCCGUGCCGCAGAGAUCAGUGGUGUCUUCGCCCUCAACCAGAUCAGCCAAGUGCAGCCCAGAAAGCACAGAGCUGGCUCUGAGGCAAGACAACGAAACAGGGCAGGCAGAUCCAACUUUGGUGUCAUGAAGGACGGCGCAAAGAAGGAGGUCAAGAAGUUGAAAAAGACCGGAUUUGCGACCAUCCGUGAGAGAAUGGAGAAUGAUCCUUUCUUUAUGUACAACCGUAGCAUCGCCCAGCUUACCCCACCAUGCUGCGAUUUCUUGCAUCGCCUGGGCAGUUGCAUCUCCCCUGAUGUGGGCAGUACUUUCGAGGCCCGAAGGGAAGGCAAGGGGACAGACGUGAAGACUCGGCUGGUGUUCAUGCCAUUGGAGGGCAGAGACGCCUCGAGGCAGUCUUUUGGUCCUCGACGAGCAACCCUUGCAAGAAAAUUAGACCUCGUCAGCUUCGCGAUCCAGAACUGGACAGAUAACCACGGUGCUCUGGAUUGGAAUGUCCACACAGACGAGCCCAAAGCGAAGGCAAGUGAUGUAGUGUUCCCUGCAGCCAUGGGUCCAAUGAAGACGGAAGGGCUGAUCGACAACCCUCGCCGCAACUUCGACCCGAGGGUCACUGAGAGGCAUCGUCCCGAAGCCACGACUUGGCGCAUGUCGUCUUACGACGAGCCAUCAGAGGGCUGCUACCGGUGUGGAGCCCAAGAUCAUUGGCAAAGGGACUGCCCCUACAGAGGCAUGGGAGCUCACUACACUCGAAGAGAGCAGCGCGGUACUUGUGGAUAUGGCCAUAAUGAUCGUGGCGACCAGUACUCAGGAUGGUAUGCCGACCAAUGGCAGUACCGCAAGACCCAGGAGAAGGGCUACACCAAAGGCUCCAAGAAGGGCAAGGGACGCAGCUACUCGGGAGGGUAUGCCGCUGAGCGUGAACGUGAGAGAUCUCCACCACCAUCUGGUGGUGCAUCUUCUUCUGCUGCCGUGCCCACUGCUCCUGAGUACCGCCCUGGUCGCAACACCAGGAUCAUUGAUGCUGUGACUCACGAGACGUACACAAGCCAAGGGGUGAUCAGAGAGCGUGUUGUGGAGGAGGCCGACGGGACGAUGUACUCUGAGAUCACCCUCCCUGAUGGCACAGUUGAACGGGAUUAUUGGUAA